ACCAUGUCGUGGAUACCCAGGGAUACUUUACUCCCUUGCUUCUACUUUGUCCGAUGGAGGGCACAUGAACAGUAAGCACCAUUAUGCAUCUAUCGUUGUGAUUCCACAUCCUUCAGCCAACAGUGACAAAGAGACAAGUCUUGUACGUGAGCAGAUGACGCCUCCAUUUAAACACGAACGUAUACAAAGCAGGCAAAGAACACGGGGUUCUUCUUCACCUGUGGCUUUGUCCUGAACCACGAGAGCGCAGAGUAGCGCCUGCUUCGCGUUUACCAUGUCCGUCCAGCCACCAAAACAGAUGCCCUAUGUGCGACUGGGGAACUCUGGCCUCAAGGUGUCCCGUAUCAUCCUCGGGAUGAUGUCAUAUGGAGACUCGAAUUGGCAGCUAUGGGAGGAGGGUAUUAAACAUGUCAAGGCGGCGUAUGACGCAGGCAUACAGACCUUCGAUACGGCGAACGUAUAUUCAAAUGGUCUGUCGGAGGUCAUUUUGGGGAAGGCGAUCAAACAGCAUAACCUUCCACGUGAUGAGAUCGUUGUAAUGACCAAGGUCCAUCAUCUCGUUGCGCGUGAGUACGGGCAGAUCCUGAUUGACUUCAAGGAUGCCGACUCCCUGGGCUACGUCAACCAGUAUGGCCUCAGUCGGAAACACAUAUUUGAUUCCGUCAAGAAGAGCUUAGAGCGUCUGCAGCUCGAUUGCAUUGUCGUUCUUCAGUGCCAUCGCUUUAGCCAUGAUACCCCAAUCGAAGAAACAAUGCAAGCACUACAUGAUGUGGUUCAGGCUGGAUACGUUCGAUACAUAGGCAUGAGCUCAUGCUACGCCUAUCAAUACUACGCCAUCCAGAAUAGGCUCACAUCAUUUAUCUCAAUGCAAAACCACUAUAGCCUGAUAUACCGCGAAGAAGAACGCGAGAUGUUCCCCAACUCUGAAGGACUGCUCACGCGUCGACGCGGAGGAGAACAGAGCAAAUGGAGUGAGACUGACAAACGACUCAAGCGAUAUGACCAAUCAGAGGCGUUCGAGAAGAUCGUGGAUAGGGCGGAAGAGAUCUCAAAGAAGCGCGGUAUUAGUAUGAGCCAGGUUGCUGUGGCAUGGGUGCUGUCGAGGCCUGGCGUCACGGCUCCCAUUGUCGGAACCACCAAGCUAGAGAACUUGUACGAGAUCGUUGAGGGCGUUCAUGUGAAGCUGACGGAAGAGGAGAUCAACUACCUGGAAGAGCCCUAUGUUCCACAAGCUAUUGUUGGCCACGUGUAA